AACAUUUAAAAGAUUUUCUCUCGUUUAUAUACUUGUAAAUGAACCAAAUUCUUUCGUAUCAAAGAGAUAUUAUUAAAUAAAAUAUUAAAUUGCAUGUUAAUAUUUCUAAGUUUUGAUCAAAAGGUUGCGUUAAAUGCUAGCAAACACCCCUCUAACACAAACUAGCAACACCAAGCUAUACGUCAAAGUCAAAUGUCAAAAUUGUCACUGUCAAACAAAAAGCGAAGCUUUUACGGGAAGCGUUUGUCGGUUAUCGAAAUUGUAAAACAAUGCCCAAUUUAAACGUCUAAAACUACAUGGGAAAUGAGCCAAGGCGCGGCCUUGACCCGCAGUCGGGUAAGCAGCGAGCAGCUUGAACUUCUCCUGUCGUUUAUGGAAGAACACCCCGACUUUGCCGCAAGCAAGCAGUCGGUCUAUUCCAGGCUCAGUUCGUGUAAGCUGUGGCGUCUGUUGGCUGAACGGCUGAACGCCGUUGCCCAGGACUGUGGUGGCGCGAGAAAAUCGCCGGACAAGUGGUGUCGAUAUUGGGCAGACAUCAAAUACAAGGCCCGUAAGAAGACAGCAGCUGGCGGGGCCCUAGGCGACCUGUCCAGUGUUGAGGAGCGCUUGGAACGGCUGCUUGGCAGUAGUGGAGCAUCCUCAAGCGGACGGCGACAGAGCUCGGACGACGACCGCAAGCCGGGCCUAGACGACGACAUGUGCUCCGAGGGUUCCGCCCCGGCCACGGAGGGCAAGCUGUCGACAGAGGAACUCCUGGCUGAGGCGGCCAUGCGCAGUGCCCUAGCGGCCGAGAAGCAAGCGGAGGCGGUAGCCCAAGGAGUUGAGCUGCUCAGAGACCUUGUUGCCAUACUGCGGGAGAGACCGCUCGCCGCUCCCACUCUACCGCCGGAACAUCUGAUGCAUCAUCAUCACCGACUAUGAUAUCCAGACUCUUAAUUUCUAAACUCUAGUGAUGCCACAAAAUGGGGUUUCGUUAACUUAGAAAUUCUAUAAAAAAGAUGGUAAGUAUCCGUGAAACGAUUGAUUGUUUUCAAGGACGGAUCACGGAUAGGUAUCGUGUAUACUACGUUACGGGCUUACAAUCUGGGGUAACUCAUUAGCAGAAUUUAUAUCCGUGAUAUACGCAAAGAGCGAUUGUCAUAAAAGACGCAAAGCGUAUUACGGAUACGUAUCUUCUGUACUACGCUACAGGUUUAUUAUCUGGGGCAACAUCGACGUACAGAGUGUAGUUUAUUACGACAAAAAGUGUGUUUUAAGAAAAGUUACUUGAGCUACAGGUCGCCCUUACCACCAGAACGUCUUAUGUAUCUUCAUCAUAGACUAUGAUGUACCGGGGUAUAAGGAGACGUCAUAUAAUGACAUAUAGACUAGAAAUUAUAUAAAAAGGCGAUAUGUAACCAUACGCAAAAAGUGCUUAUCUCUAAAGACGCUCUGCGUAUUACGUAUACGUAUAGUCUAUGUUACGCUACGGGGUUAUUAUCUGAGGAAACUCAGUAUGUAUUAUUUGAAGUUAGUAGCAAAAUAAUGUAUUAGGGGAACAUCUCAGCGCCAUAAUCAUAUGCCAGGCUGUUCAUAUCUUAACUGUAAGUUUAUGCCAAUAGAGUUUACAUAUAACUAACACUUAAAAAUGGCGAUACAUAUCUGGUACGCAAAGAGCGCUUGCCUCUAAAGACGCACUGCGUAUUAGGGAUAUGUAUGGUCUUUACGACGCUGCGGGCUUAUUAUCUGGGGCAACUCCAUUGUAGCAUUUUUAUCCGUGAGAUACGCGUAGUAUACGUACCGGAAGUCGUGAAAAAACGAAUGUUUCCAAAAAUAAGAAAUUCUCAUAUUUUUGGAUGAGAAAUUAUUUUUUAUCUCUCUUGCAUUUAUUUAGAAAUUUCCGAGAACUUAACCAAGUUUUCGGAAACUGUAACUUUCCAAUCUGACACGGGAACGAAGUUUUUGCUUUUUUGUGUAAUAAUUAUAAUAUAUUAUCACAAUUAUGAUUACAUAAAAACUCUAAUUGAUUGUUAGUUUCUAAGAGCGAAUAGUAGAAUAGGUAAUAAUGGGCAAAUCGCUUUAGCCUUUGGGUUGGCAUACAAUAGUCAAUAUUUCAAUAGCAUCAUGCAUAUGUGUAUGAAAUAUUAAGUAUUGUUCUAUAAACUGCGAACAUAUGCCUGCAUGGACAGGUAUGGAGUACCUACUAAGCAAAGUUAUCUCUUCAAAUGGCAUACGUCGUUUUUGAACUGUUGGAAUUUUGAUUUUAUUUCAAUUAAUCAAAUUUCAAAUUUAAAUGACGUAAUCGGUUGGGAGUCGACGGCCCACCAUUCCAAGGGAUAUACAAUACAUCUAUAGACCUACCACUUACUCAAGAGAUAAAUAGUUGCAGUGUUUUUCUCGUACAAGGCAGUUGAGUUUUAGGAUUUAUUUUAUUUUUCACUAAGUCAUUUAGCAUAACUUUAACUUUGGACCUGCACCAAAUAAGUCGCAUGGUUAUUUUUAUCAAGUUUAAUAUGAAGUUGCAGGUUUGUUUAUCGUACUAGCGAACAUGGAUGCAAAAUUUAAACCCAUUCACACUUAUAAGAGUAUGAAAUUUUGUUAGUAGGCACGCUUAUAACCGGGCCUUCUUUGGCACAGGUACUUUAUAAAAAUUGUUCGCAUUAUUUGUGUGACCUGUAACACGAGCAAAUAAUGAAUAGUUUGUGCAUUGUGCAACGAGGGGGGUAAGUGAAAUUUAGGAUACGAGGGUGGUUAUGUUCUUCGAGUUUGCAAUAUUCUUACCCCCGGAGUUACAAUGUUUUUCAUCACACUUGCGAAGAAAGAACUAAAUUUUAAGCGAAAUAAUUCUUAAAUACGGUGACAUAUCAAACAUCCGUCCGCCAUUUUGUAAUUUCUUGACAGGUUAGCAUCGAGGGCACAGACCUAUUCAGCAUUCAGCCACGAUUGAAAAUUAUGUAAAAAUAUUUUAAACGGCUGUUAAAUUAAUCAACUUAUUUAAUUUUAAACAUAAACAAAAAUAUUAAAUUAUAAACGUCAGUAUUUUAAAACUCAUUUAUGCUCCUAGGUUUGUAUGAAUAAGUGACAUAAUUAAAACAAAAAUCUAUAACUCUCUAGGGAGUUAUAGCUUUUUUUUUCAUAAUCCAUAACUCCCGCGGGAACAAAAUAGGCCUUUGUCCUUCAGUACACCUGCAUGAAAUAAGAACUUUUUCGAGCAAGUGUGAUGAAAAACAUAUUGUACUCCUCAAACGAUCUAACUUUUGAUGAAUAACUUUUAAAAAUUAUGAGGUCUCUUGAGGGUAAUCCUCAACAAUAACUAACACAACACGCAGGGAUAAGUUCGCCUUUGUUGUAUUAAAUUUACUCUGUGUGUUUUUGUGUUUUUAUUUCUAUAUACAAUAAAGUAUAGUAUAAUAUACAUAGUAAUUAAUGGACACAUGUAAAGGUCUCUGAUUUGCAUACAUCGGGGUUUUCGGUGCAGGAAUAUUUUACACUAGCCAAAAAACAGGUAAAAACUAUAAAAACCGAUAUUAUUGUAUAAUAGGCCUUUUCAUCUGUGUGAGAUGUUUUAAGCAGCAUCCUGGUAACGACACUUGCGUUCGUGGCUGUAUAGCCCUAUGCGAGAGAGGAUCCCACGUCCACACACGCGGCAGGUUUUCACACACGAUUUUCUGCAACUCUACGAAAUGCGCCUAUUUUGCGUGAUAAAAAAAAAACCGAUACUAUUUUAAUAUUUCUAAGCGCAUUUGGAGCUUACUGUCUAUUUUUAAUUCAUUGUUUGGUAAUUAUUUUACAAUAAACAAAGUUAUAUAUACACGAAAACAUUCCCGCACCGAAAACCCCGAUGUAGGCUGAUUUGACAUAUGAAUAAAAUACGUCCACGCCGUAAUAGUAUCAAAAUAGAUAUUGAAUUGACCGCAAAA